CACGAGUUCUUAGAAUCACCUAGUUCCAGUGGGGCUAAGAUCUGAGGGAGAAUUGAUAGCUUUUGUUUUUGUUUUUGUUUUUCUAGCUAGUAACUUCAUUCUGAGGCUUCUGUGUAACCCGCCCGGUCUGGAGCUCCUUGAACACUUUUUAUCCAAGGAUGUGAUGGAACGAAAGCGCCUGGAGGGCACGCGGUUCCCGGAUGCCUAAAAAACCCUCCCACUUCUGCUCUGGGAUUUAGUUCUUUUCUCCGAAAGCUUCCAGCAUCGGUCUUGCCUUUCCUCUUGUUGAACCACAAAGCUAAGAGGAAGAGUCGCAGCCAGGGGGAUUUUGGGAAUCGUAGUUUUAAAUAAUCCUGCUUCACAAUCUGUGCUUCACCGCCUCGGGAACCUGUGGACCCCUCUUGCCAGGGAUGUGAUUAUUUUCCCCUGAAGACUAUCCCAGAAUUUUUGGGCUUCAAGUUUCCAAACCUGGUGUAAUAUUCCAUUUGGAACAAAGGUGAGAUUUAUGGAUCCUGGAGAGAGAUAUCCCAAGAGGCACAUUUCCAGGUGCAGGGUCAAAAAAAAAAGACCCUCUUCAAAAAUUAUCAAUGGAUUGGAAACCUUUGAUAUGAACAUGUUCCCACUCCACCUUCUAGAUGAAGGCUUCAAGUUCAAACAGACUACAUCAAGUUCCCCUCCUGUACUUUCUCUUGACUGCUUACCGAGCCUCAGCUUCCCCUUCCAUCCUCUCCCUGGAUUACCAGACUGUAUCUGAUAACUGUCAAAGACAUAUCUUCAGUGUAGUCAGCACUGUCAAUUUCAUUAUCUUACUAUCACUAGAAUAGUUCCCUUUCUUCCACAGAGGAAAAUGGAACAUUUGUAUUUUCAAUUUCUCUCAGAUUGGAAGACAUGGGCUGAGAUGAAGCAUGUAACUUCAAAGCAAUACAUUUCCAAAGAAUCAUCAUUCCAGGCAUAGUAAUGGAAAGAAUUAAAAUGGAUGGAUCUUGGAAUUCUGAGUUGGAAGAAACUUUAAAAUUGGAGGGUAGUAUAGAGAGCCUACAGGGAAAACCCAACAAACUAUUGCAUCAAAUGAUAAUGCAUAGAAAAACUCUAACUUGGGAGAAAAGCCCUGAAUAUAAUGAAUUUGGGGAAAGCCUCAAUCUGAGCUCAAACCUGGUGACACAGCAAAGAAUUUUUACAGGUGAGAAACCUGAUAAAUAUGAUACACAUGAAAAGAACUUCAAACAUAAUUUGGAUACAGCUAAACAUCAAGGAAUGAACACAGACAAGAAAUCUUGUAAAUGUAAUGAAUGUGGGAAAGCCUUCAAUUACUAUUCAGACCUUAUUCGACAUCAGCGAACUCACACUGGAGAGAAACCAUACACUUGUAAUGAAUGUGGAAAGGCAUUCAGUGAUCCCUCACCCUUUAUUCGACAUCAGAGAAUCCAUACUGGAGAAAAACCCUAUGAAUGUAAUGAAUGUGGAAAGGCUUUCAGUGACCGAUCAACAUUUAUUCAACACCAGAGAAUUCACAGUGGAGAAAAGCCUUAUGAAUGUAAUGAAUGUGGGAAAGCAUUUAGCCAAAAAAAGCACCUUAUUCAGCAUCAGAGGAUUCAUACUGGAGAAAAACCCUAUGAAUGUAGUGAAUGUGAGAAAGCAUUCAGCCAGAGGACCCAACUUAUUCAACAUCAGAAAACUCAUACUGGAGAGAAACCCUAUAAAUGUAAUGAAUGUGGAAAAUUCUUCAGCCGGAGCACACACCUUACAGAACAUCAGAAAACACACACUGGAGAGAAACCCUAUAAAUGCAACAAAUGUGGGAAAGCUUUCACUUAUCGCUCAACCUUUAUUCGGCAUCAUAUUAUUCAUACUGGUGAGAAACCCUAUGUAUGUCAUGAAUGUGGGAAAGCCUUUAGUCAAAACUCAAUCCUUACUGAGCAUCAUAAAACUCAUACUGGAGAGAAACCCUAUAAAUGUAAUGAAUGUGGGAAAGCUUUCAGUUCCUGCUCAUACCUUAGCCAACACCAGAAAACUCAUACUGGAGAGAAGCCUUAUAAAUGUAAUGAAUGUGGGAAAGCCUUUAGUUACUGUUCGUCACUUACUCAACAUCAGAGAGUUCAUACUGGAGAGAAACCCUAUGAAUGUAACGAGUGUGGAAAAGCCUUCAGCUGUUGGUCCAACUUUAACCAACAUCAGAAAACGCAUACUGGAGAAAAACCCUACAAAUGUAAUGAAUGUGGAACCGCCUUCAGUCAGAGCACACGUCUUACUCAGCAUCAGAGAAUCCAUACUGGAGAAAAACCCUAUGAAUGCCACGAAUGUGGAAAAUCUUUCAGUCUAAGCACUCGCCUUGUUGAACAUCAGAAAACUCAUACUGGAGAGAAGCCUUAUAAAUGUAAUGAUUGUGAAAAAGCUUUCAGCCGGAGCACCCACCUUACUGAACAUCAGAAAACUCAUACUGGAGAGAAACCCUACAGAUGCAAUGAAUGUGGGAAAGCUUUUACCUGGAGUGCACACCUCACAAAUCAUCAGAAAACUCAUACAGGAGAGAAAUCUUUUAAAUGUAAUGAAUGUGAUAAAGCAUUCAGUUAUUGCUCAGCCCUUAUUCAACAUCAGAGAAUACAUAGUGGGGAGAAACCUUUUGAAUGUAGUGAGUGUGAAAAAACCUUUAGUCGGAGUACAUACCUUACUCAACACCAGAGAAUUCACACUGGAGAGAAACCCUAUAAAUGUAGUGAAUGUGGAAAAGCCUUUAGCCAGAGCACACAUCUCACUCUGCAUCAGAGAAUUCACACUGGAGAGAAACCCUAUGAAUGUAAUGAAUGCGGGAAAACCUUCAGCCAGACUGCACACCUUACUCAACAUCAGAGAAUUCAUACUGGAGAGAAACCCUAUGAAUGUAAUGAAUGUGGGAAAGCCUUUAGUGACCAUUCAGCUCUCAUUCGACAUCAUAUAAUUCAUAGUGGAGAGAAACCCUAUAAGUGUAAUCAAUGUGGAAAAGCCUUCAGUUACUGCUCAGACCUCAUCCAGCAUCAGAAAACUCAUACGGGAGAGAAACCCUAUAAAUGUAAUGUUUGUGGUAAUGCUUUUAAUGAUUGUUCAGCACUUGUUCAGCAUCAGAGAACUCACACUGGAGAGAAACCCUAUGAAUGUAAUAGCUGUUGGAAAGCCUUUAGUAACUACUCAGCCCUAAUUCGACAUCAUAUAGUUCAUACUGGAGAGAAACCCUAUGAAUGCAGUGAAUGUGGAAAAGCCUUUAGCCGGAGUACAUACCUUACUCAACAUCGACGAGUACAUACAGGGGAGAAGCCUUUUGAAUGUAAUGAAUGUGGGAAGGCUUUCAGUCAGAGUGCAUUUCUUACUCAACACCAAAGAAUUCACACAGGUGAGAAACCCUAUACAUGCAAUGAGUGUGGAAAAGCUUUCAGUGAUCGCUCAGGCCGGAUUCAGCAUCAGAGAACUCACACUGGAGAGAAACCCUACUCAUGUAAUGAAUGUGGGAAAGCCUUUAGUUAUUGUUCAGCUCUUAUUCAACAUAAAAGGAUUCAUACUGGGGAAAAACCUUAUGAAUGUCAUGACUGUAGAAAAGCCUUCAGUGACCGCUCAGCACUCAUUCAACAUCAGAGAACUCACACAGGAGAGAAACCCUACAAAUGUAACGUAUGUGGAAAGGCCUUCAGCCAGAGUACAAAUCUGACAAGCCAUCAGAAAACUCACACUGGAGAGAAACCCUAUAAAUGUCAUGAAUGUGGAAAAGCUUUUGGAUACUGCUCAGGUCUUAUUCAACAUCAGAUAAUACAUACUGGAGAGAAACCCUAUGAAUGCAGUGAAUGUGGUAAAGCUUUCUGUCGAACCACAGACCUCAUAAAGCAUCAGAAAAUUCAUACUGGAGAAAAACCUUACACAUGCAAUGACUGUGGAAAGGCCUUCAGCCAAAACACAUAUCUUACCAAACAUCAAAGAAUUCAUACUGGAGAGAAACCAUAUACAUGCAAUAAUUGUGGGAAAGCCUUCAGCCACAAAGCUAACCUCAAAAAACAUUUGAAAACUCACACUAGGGCAAGACUCUAUACGUGCAAUGCAUGUGGGAAAACCUUUACUGAGAGUUCAGCUUUUUCUGAACAUCAGAAAACACAUAUUGGAGAGAGACCUUAUGAAUGUAAUGAAUGUGGGAAGGCUUUCAGUCGGACUUCACACCUUAUUCAGCAUAAGAUGAUUCAUACAGGAGAGAAGCCCUAUCAAUGUAAUGAAUGUGACAAAGCCUUCAUUCACUCCUCAGCUCUCAUUAAGCAUCAGAGAACUCAUACUGGAGAGAAACCCUAUACGUGUAAUGAAUGUGGGAAAGCAUUCAGUCACUGUUCAUCCCUUACUAAACAUCAGAGGGUUCAUACUGGGGAGAAACCCUAUGAAUGUAAUGAAUGUGGGAAAACCUUUAGUCAGAGUACACACCUUGUUCAACAUCAGAGAAUUCAUACUGGAGAGAAACCAUAUGAAUGCAAUGAAUGUGGGAAAACCUUCAGCAGAAGUUCAAACUUUGCUAAACAUCAGAGAAUUCAUAGUGGAAAGAAACCCUAUGAAUGUAAUGAAUGUGGCAAAGCCUUCAUUCAUUCAUCAGCCCUUAUUCAGCAUCAGAAAACUCAUACUGGAGAGAAACCAUAUAGAUGUAAUGAAUGUGUGAAAACUUUCAAGUGUAGCUCCUCUCUCCUUAGGCAUCAGAGACUCCAUACAGGGGAAUAGACCUCAGAAAGUUAUAAAUGUAGGGAAGCCUUAGAAUCCUCAGUAGAUCUCAAGCUCCUUUGGAGCAGGGACUAUUAGUUUUUGGUCUCUGUACCUGCCAUCUAACACAGUGCCUGGGACAUAGCAGGUGCUUAAUAAAUGCUUGUGGGUUUGAAUUUGUUAUUUUGUUGAAUAUUUUUACAAUCAAUGAAGGAGAUCCACAAAAGAUUAUAAGUUUUUUGAGGCUGAACUUUAUAUACUUGUGACUUUAUUUAUACAGCACAUUGUCCAGGCAGUGAGUAUUUAUCAUUUAAUAAAUAUUUGUUGAUUCAUUGAUGAUGAUAACAUCGAAAGCCCUGCUUUCUCAGGAAAUGUGUAUUAAAGGAAACCCUACAAAUAAAUAGAAAGUUAACAGUCCAAUUCAAUCAUCGUUUACUUUUCAAAGAACAGUUAUAGUUGGGCUAAGCAACUAAAAACUCAGUCCUUUAAAUUCUUUUCUUCCCCACCCCCAAAUCUAAAGAAUCCAGGGAAUCUAGAAGCCAUGAGGGUGACCAUACUAAGUAUAUAGGAAAAAUAUUUUUGGAAACAAUACUAAUGUCUUACAUACCAUCACCACUACCAUCCCUCCACUAACAAAUAUCUGAAGUCCUGGAAAGAAAUCUGAUGGUACCUGAAUCCCAGGUCAAAUUUUUUAUUAUAUUCUUGUUUAUUUUCACUUUGGAAGGGCUUGUUUUAUUGUGAUACUUGUGGAUUAUCCUCCAUAACCUGCAUUGCUGUAAUUUUCCCUAAUUUUGGAGAGGAGAACUAAAUCAAUACAAGGGAAAGGACCUGGAGAGAGAUUAAGGGUUUGGGGUUGGUAAGUGGAACAAAUUGAAUUUACUGUUUUGGACCUAUGGCACAUGUGGCAGAAACUCGAAAUCAAAGCCCAUGGUCCAAGGAAAUCAGCACAAGAAGGCUUUGUCCUAGAUGGGAAUGAAGUGCUUCCUAUCCUGUGUCCUGGUUGCCUCAGUCUAAAGGUCCUGGGGUAGUACUAGUGUGGAAGUCACCUCAAAUCCUUUUGACUUUAGGAAAAAAAUUAAUGAGCUGAAUGGAAAAGUAUGAUCAGCAUGAGAAGUUGAUUAAGUUUGUCCUCCAACAUUAUUUCCUUCCUGUGGCCAAAAAUUUGCUUUAUUUUUAAAAGAAAUGCUUUUUUUUGUUUUGUUUUUGCAUCACCUUCAUGCAUAAGAACCUAGUUAAAAGUAUUACAGUGAAUUAAUAACUUAACCUCCCUCAAUUUUCUUAGUCUCUACAACAUAGCCCCAUUCACUUUCCCUUUACCCUUAUACCAAUUUUUGUUUCAUUAAUUUGUGCCACCAUCCAUCCACUCAUCAGUUUUCUUUACUUUCUAAUUGUUCCACUUAUCUAUUCUUACUUACCUUGUCUUUGCCAACUACCUUAUCUUUCUUGACCUUCUUCAGCUUCUUGAUCCUCUUCAAUCAUCCUUAGUUCUUUAAUAUCCUCCUUAAUUGUCCUUGAUACUGCAGUUUCAAUCCAGAACUAGAAUCUGAACAAGUAACUGGGCCUGGAAAUUGUUCUCCAAAUUUUCCCAAAUUUCUGCUCCCUAAAUUCAACCCCUGACCUACUUUAGUAGUCCCUCCAAGUCACCUAUUUUUAAGUUCUCUCUUCUGAUCCUUCUCCCACAGAAGUUGGAAAUAGGACAAGCUGAAGAAUAUCCAGAGCUGGGUAAACAGGAUGGUGAAAGGCCUUGAGUCCAUGUUACAAAAGCUUAAUACUCAGUUGAAGGAACCAGGGAAGUGUAUCCUGGAAAGUUGAAGACCUAGGAGAAGACAUAAUAGAUGUUAUUGAGUGUUUGAAGGGCUUUUUAGCCCUUAGAAUUAGACUUACUCUUUUUGGCCUUAGAGAGCAGAACUAGGAAUGGGUGGAAACUGAAAGGCCAAUUUAGGCUUGAUGUCAGGAGAAAAAAAAAGACGUCUUAAUAAGAGUUACACAAAAGUGGAAUAGGUGCCUUGUAAGGGAGUAGACUUACCUUGCCUUGGAGGUCUUUGAGCAGACUGGAUGCUUAUUUGUUAGGUAUGAUACAGUGGAAAUUCCUUUUGCGUAUGAGUUCAAUUUCUAAGAUCCCUUCCAACUCUGAUUUUGUGAUGACUAUUAAUAGUAAUUAAUGACUUCUAGCUCACAAAUAGCAAGGCAGCAAUUUGUUGGCUAAUAGAUGUGUGUUGUCUUACCAGGUCGUGUGUCUAGAAACUAACAGACUUGAUAAACCUAGUGACAAUUGCACAUUGAUAAUGAUUAAUGUAGGGACAAAUGGUAUAGCCAUAUGGAACCUAGAAACUGAUGCUAAAUGUUUUGGAGUCCUGGGGAAACACAGAAAACUCUAGGGACAUGUAUUUUUAUCACUUUUGAUGAUUGAAGGUAGGAGAUCCAUAAGAGAAAGUCAGAAAAUAGGAUUUGAAGUUCUGGAUAACAUCUUAAAAUAUAGACAUGAUUAGCUCUUAGCUAGGAAUAAAGCAUAUCUAGUAAAGGUCAGUAAAAGACUGUUUGCCUAUAAAGUUUUUGUUUAUUUUUUUUAAUUGAUUUUAAAUCCAACCCAGACAGUUAGUUUUAAACUGAAGGGAAAAAGAGGAAGAAAAUUUCCUACAUAGCUCUUCCAAGGCUGGUACUACAAAGAAUAUUAGGUUUAAUAUUAGACAAACAACAGAAAAAAGGACUAGUAAUUUAUAGAAGAAAAUAACCAAGAAGAGAACCAACAUUGUGUCAGUUGUCUAUAUACCAAUAAUAAAUAGAGUAAACUAAAGAUUCCAUCUCAACAAGGCAAAUAAGCUCAAAGGCAUCACUGAGAUUUGUUGAAUGGGAAUUCUGAGUAGAAUAUGGGUGUAGAAAGUUAUAUAUAAUUUUUUGAUGGUUUAUUGAUACUUUUUCAUUAUUGUUACUGAUAUACUUCUACCCAUUUACCUUUUAACUAAGUAAAACAAACCAAUAUAUCAUUGGCACAUUCCACACCCAUAGUCUACUUCUUUUAUACCAAGAGAAUGCCACUAAGUUUUAUCAGAAGUCUUCUGGAAUCAAGAUUGGUCAUUAUAUCAGUCUGACUUCUGAGGUGCUUUACUGUUGUUUUCCUUUGUUAUGGUCAGUGACCUCACAAAAAAUGUGUGUGUGUAUUCUUGGUUCUGCAUUCUUUUCUUCACAUCAAGUUCAUGCAAUUACAACAUUUCUUUGAAUCCUGUUUUAAAAUAAUAUUUUAUUUUUUCCAUUUGCUUUUAAAAACAAUUUUUAACAUUCAUUUGAAACUUUUAUUUAGUUCCAAAUUCUCUCCCUCUCCCCAUCUUCCCCUAUUCUUGAGAUGGCAAAAAAAUUUGAUGUUGGUACAUGUGUAAUCAUGUAAAACAUUUCCAUAUUAGUCUUAUUGUAAAAGAAAACACACAAGCGUGUAAACACACACGUACAACUCUCCAUGAAAAUAAAGUGAAAAAUAGUAUGCUUUGAUCUGCA